CCUGCGCGUGAGAUAGAGAGAGCGACCGACGGACGCCACCACCAAGCCGAGCCGGCGGCGGGGGCAGCUUGGUGGACGCCACGCCACGCCCGCGAUGGGGGCGGGAGGAUCCUGGCGCUGGGCCGUGGGCGCGGUCUGCGGCGGGCUGGUUUACUACCACUGCGCGGUGCGGCGGGCGAGCGCGGUGUCCCUCGCCGCCGACGUGCUCCUCGUCCUCCUCUGCUCCCUCUCCAUCCUCGGCCUCCUCUUCCGCCACCUACACAUCUCGUCUGCAACUUUACAUCGGACACAGAAGGAAAAUGAUGGCCAGCGUACACCCCUGCACUUGCUGCAAUUAAUCUUGUGUUGGCUGAAAGGCAAGCCUUUUCAGCUUCCUCCACCAUUCAGGGUGCCUGUGGAUCCACUUGAGUGGCAGAUUUCUCAAGAGAUGGCAAAUAGUAUAGUUGCGUCCUUGGCUAACACAAUUGGAGCUGCGGAGUCUGUAUUGAGGGUGGCUGCAACUGGACAUGACAAGAAACUCUUGUUCAAGGUGGUUUUUACUCUGUAUUUCCUAGCAGCUUUGGGAAGGGUUGUCUCAGGCGCUGCGAUUGCUUAUGCUGCUCUAUGCAUCUUCUCCCUCUACAUGUUUGCGCAAAGCACCGACCAGUUUGAUCAGCUCCCUUGGGUUCCUUUAGGAAGAGACUCGCUGGGCGGCGCCCAGGAUACCACAUGAUUUCUUCAUGCACAUGUCUUGCCGAUCAUUUUUUUUUCUUCAUUGUUCGAGUUCUGUAUAUGGCCAUGGAGGCCAAUAGCUUGAACCGUACCCAGUGUUGUUUUAAGAUGAACACUGGUGCGCCACGUGUGCAGCCAUGUGCAUUCCCUUUUUUUAAAGGGGAGAUGAAUGCGACAUUAAUAAAAAAGAGAGAAGGCAUUCACGCAA